GCCUCACUCGCGCUCUCUUUCGUCCUCAACUCCCCCCUCUCUCACGAACUGAUUCACGAAUCGAAAUAUCAAAUCACCAUUGUCGGCUCUCGAGUCUCGCCUCUCGCUCUCUCGAGUCUCGACUAUCGACCGGCGACCGCUCAAAAUCUGAAUACUUGUGACUUCUGAGAUCUGUGAUUCAGAAAAUGUCUAAAAAGAGUUCAUCUAAAACUUCCAGACCAGCGCUACAGAGCCCUGCUAUAGCGAGCUGGGACAUGCCUAAAAAGAGUUCAGCUAAAACUUCCAGAGCAGCGCCACAGAGUGCUGCUAUAGCGAGUUGGGACAUGCCUAAAAAGAGUUCAUCUAAAAAGAAUUCAUCUAAAGCACCCAAACCAGUGCCACAGAGUUCGGCUGCAGCCAAGGCAAAAUCAUCCUCUACACCAAAAACGUUUGGACAUGAAAUUGAGGAAAUCUUCUCAAAGAAAAGAAAGAAAACCGGGCAUGAGAAGACCAGAAAAGUGGCAGAAGGUGUCGUUGGAAAACCAGACAAAUUGGACGAAAACAUGGGUAAAGAUUCAAAAAAAGAGAAUUCUCAUAAGAAAAGGAGUAGAUCUGGAGGCUCAAAUGUGGACGUGUUUGAAAAUGAACAAGCUGCUAGACCCAAGAGGAAAACUGCCGACGGUCUAGUCAUCUACUCAGAAGAGGACUUGGGAAUUGGUAGGGCGGAUGCUGGAGGUACCCGUCUCUGUCCUUUUGAUUGUGACUGUUGUUUCUGACCUCUCUUUAACUUUCUAAUAUUGUAUCAACUUAUCAUCAGCAUGCUUCUCGUAGUUUUAAACACAGUUUUGACUUGUGUAAUUUAAUUGCUUCUUAUUUUCCAGCUUUUGCUUCAAGGCAGAGUUCAUUUUUGUUUCUAAUUUUAGAAUUUCUGUUGUCAUUUAUGAAUUCAAUAUACAGAAUAUAAUGAUUCUAAGGCCAUGCCUUGCAUUUUUCAA